CUCUCCACUCCUCAGUCACCUUGGAGAAAGAAGUGUGGAUCCUCAGAUUCCAUCUUUCCAACUCCAAGACAAGUGGAACUAGAAAAUAAGGUGCCUGUGUCAGUCUCCCCAGCUCUGCUGUGGUGGGCCCUUAAGAUCACCUCACUGAACCCUCACACUGCCUCAUGAUGUUUAUACAGUUAUUAGCUCCGUUUUACAGAGGCAGAAACUGAGACCAAGAGGCUAAUUUCCUAAGGCCAGAAGGUGAUAGUAUCCAGACUUGCCCCAGGGCUGACUUCUGAGCCAGCCUGGUACCUAGGGCACACUGCUGCCUCCUUCCAAAGUGAGCGUAGGGGACAGGAUUCCAGUGGGAAGGAAGCUCUGAGCGGGCAGCCCAAGCCACCUCUGAGACUCUGUAUCCUGGGCCAGGUGCCAUGGCAGAGAAGGUGCUGGUAACAGGUGGCGCUGGCUACAUUGGCAGCCACACGGUGCUGGAGCUGCUGGAGGCUGGCUACUUGCCCGUGGUCAUCGACAACUUCCAUAACGCCUUCCGUGGAGGGGGCUCCCUGCCUGAGAGCCUGCGGCGGGUCCAGGAGCUGGCAGGCCGCUCUGUGGAGUUUGAGGAGAUGGACAUUUUGGACCAGGGAGCACUACAGCGUCUCUUCAAAAAGCACAGCUUUAUGGCGGUCAUCCACUUUGCGGGGCUCAAGGCUGUGGGCGAGUCGGUGCAGAAGCCUCUGGAUUAUUACAGAGUUAACCUGACUGGGACCAUCCAGCUUCUGGAGAUCAUGAAGGCCCAUGGGGUGAAGAACCUGGUGUUCAGCAGCUCAGCCACUGUGUACGGGAACCCCCAGUACCUGCCCCUGGACGAGGCCCACCCCACGGGUGGCUGUACCAACCCUUACGGCAAGUCCAAGUUCUUCAUCGAGGAAAUGAUCCGGGACCUGUGCCAGGCAGACAAGACCUGGAACGCAGUGCUGCUGCGCUAUUUCAACCCCACAGGUGCCCAUGCCUCUGGCUGCAUCGGCGAGGAUCCUCAGGGCAUACCCAACAACCUCAUGCCUUACAUCUCCCAGGUGGCGAUCGGGCGACGGGAGGCCCUGAAUGUCUUUGGCAAUGACUAUGACACAGAGGAUGGCACAGGCGUCCGGGAUUACAUCCAUGUCGUGGAUCUGGCCAAGGGCCACAUUGCAGCCUUGAGGAAGCUGAAAGAGCAGUGUGGCUGCCGGAUCUACAACCUGGGCACGGGCACAGGCUAUUCAGUGCUGCAGAUGGUCCAAGCUAUGGAGAAGGCCUCUGGGAAGAAGAUCCCGUACAAGGUGGUGGCACGGCGGGAAGGUGAUGUGGCAGCCUGUUACGCCAACCCCAGCCUGGCCCACAAGGAGCUGGGGUGGACAGCAGCCUUAGGACUGGACAGGAUGUGUGAGGAUCUGUGGCGCUGGCAGAAGCAGAAUCCUUCAGGCUUUGGCGCGCAGGCCUGAGGACCCUCCCCUACCAAGGACCAGGAAAAGCAGCAGCUGCCUGCUCUCUAGCCUCUGGCAGGAACCCAGGGCCCUGGAGCUGCUGGGGCCAAGCCACGGCCUCCCCUACCUCAAACCCCAGCUGGGCCCACUCAUCCCACCAGGCAUGAGGCCAAGGGCUCCACUGACCAGGAGGCCGAGGUCUCUAACGCUUUAUCUUCCACAGGGUCCAAGAGUUCAUCAGGACCCCCAAGAGCGAGUGAGGGGGCAAGGCUCUGGAACAAAACCUCCUCCUCCCAGGCACUCAUUUAUACUGCUCUGAAAGAGCUUUCCAAAGUAUUUAAAAAUAAAAACAAGUUUUCUUACACUGGG